AUGGGCGCCGACAAGGAGCGUUUCACGACGACGCUGCCAAAUCACCUCCAUUGCCGAGCGUGUGUCGAGAUCUCCUACCCCGCCGUCAUCGUCUGCUCCCAAGGACACCACCUCUGCCGACCCUGCGCGGAGAAGAUCGAAGAGUCUGGCGAGCUAGAAUGCCCGCUGUGUCUGCGGCCUAUGAAGCUGCCGCUGAGGGAGUCGCUGCUCCUGCGACGCGCGGUGGAGGAUUACGAAUUUACCUGCCGACAUGAAGGAUGCGACUGGAUUGGCUCUGUUGUGGAUGAAGAUGAGCAUGCGGAUAAGUGCGAAUUUGGUCCGGUUGCCUGCUCGUUGAUGCAAGCACACCUCAUCGAGGAGUGUGCACAGUGGAAAUGCAUCGAAGGUUGCGAAACAAGGACAACACGCGCCAACCUCGCUCAACAUGAAGCAGCCUGCAAGGCAUCGACAGCUCGCAUCCUCGAACUGGAAGCGACACUCGAAGCGCAUGAGCUCAAGGUCUCAGCACUGAAGCAGGCCUUGGCACGGUCAAAGGCCGCUCUCGAGGCCAUCAGGGACGACAACACCGAAAUACGGGUUCCCCGCCCCGUCAGGAGACGCCGCAGACCGCAGCGCAUGGUGGGCUUGCCUCAAGAGGAGCUAUCUAACGAGGACAAAGCCACACCGUCAACUCCUGACAAGAUCCCGAAACUUGAAGCCGUUCCGGACGACACGGCAUUGAACCCGCUUCCAUCUCCCGCCGCGACACAGCGUCUAUUCCGAACUCGUUCUUCCAGCGUCUCACCAGCUCUGCCGGACGUCAAAAAGCCGCGCCUCUUGAGCACCGAUUGA